AUGGUGGCCGACCACCAGACCAUGCGUCUGUGUGAGCUGCACCGCUACGAGGCGGGGCGGCGCGCCCCCCUGGCUGAGGAGGUCUACCGGGCCAACGCGCGCCUCAUCAUGGCGGACGACGCCAACUGCUACCGGUUUGAGCUGCUGCGCCACACAGCCGCAGCACCCGCCGCCACCGCGGGCACGCCCGCGCCGGAGGUCAAGCCGGAGCAGCAGCAGCAGCAGCAGAACGGCGCCGCCGCCGCGGGCGUCAAGGCAGAGGAGGGCGGCGGCGCGGCCCCCUUGCCGGAGCCGGAGCAGGCGGGCGCGGCGCCUGUGAAGCAGGAGCAGGGACCCGCGGCCGAGCAGCCGGCUGCAGCGGCGGCGGCGGCGCCCGCGAACGGCAAGGCGGCCACGGUGGCGGUGGCGCUGUCUGUGCAGCUGAUGGACCCGGAUAGAGUCGAGCACCACCCCGGGGGCCUGGAUCCUGCCUUUGGGGACUACAUGGGCGCCUUCAUGGGUGCCCCGGCGCCCGCCGGCCCCGCGGCCGGCCGCGAGGGCCGCGUGCUGCUGCCGCGCCUCGCGCGCCGCGCGGGCGGCGGCGGCGGCGACGCGGCGCUCGCGGCGGCGCUGGGCGGGGUGGCGGUCGCGAACGGGCUGGAGUGCAAGAUCAGCUGCAGCAGCAGCAAGGUGUCGUACGUGCUGGAUACCGAGGACGUCAUGUGGCGUCACCGCGCCAGGGCCGCUGGAGGCGGCGGCGGCGGGGGCCUGGAGCAGCGCGCGGGGCGGUACGCGGCUUGGCUGGCGGGCCGCGAGGCGGCGAUCGGCGGGCUGGAGCCUUACGCGCAGGCCUUCCCCGAGCCCAUGGCGCAGGG